UACGCCGCUCCGCCAGUCGGAAACCUGCGAUGGCAAGCCCCCCAAGAACCCCCCCAAGCCACGACCCCGAACCGCCUCGUCUCGGCCGUAGAUCAACCCCCCUGGUGUCCCCAGUCGGGAGCCUACGGCGUGCCGUCCGUCUACGGCUUCAACUCUGCCCUCGGCAACGAAGACUGUCUCUAUCUCAACGUCUACGCGCCGCCUCAUGCCGAGAACCUGCCCGUCUUCGUCUGGAUCCACGGCGGCGGCUACUCCGUCUUCGGCGCCUCCUACGACCCCAGCGCCCUCAUAAACACAAACAACAACACCUUCAUCACCGUCGAGAUCCAGUACCGCCUCGGCGCAUUCGGCCAGCUGGCUUCUCCAGACAUCCAGCGGCACGGCAGGCUCAACGCGGGCCUCUUGGACCAGCGCUUCGCCCUGCAAUGGGUGCAGAAGCACAUUUCCCGCUUCGGCGGCGAUCCGAGGCGCGUCACUGUGGGCGGAGAGUCGUCUGGCGCGGCGUCGGCCAUGUACCAGGCGCUGGCGUACGGUGGGAGGGAAGAAGGACUGUUUAGCGGCAUCAUCUUGGCGAGCACAUACGUUCCUCCCAUCUAUCCCUUCGACGAUGGCGUCCCUACCGGCAACUACCACGCCUUUGCCGAAGCAGCAGGCUGUGGAAAGGCGUCUUCUCUGAGAAACCACUCCAGCGUGUUUGACUGUCUCGUCGCCGCCGACACGACGGCCCUGCAAACCGCCAGCGGCCUCGUCUCGACGUCCAGGGGCUACUUUGGCAGCUUCGCCUGGCUGCCCGUCAUCGACCACGAUUUCAUCCAGCACCGGCCCUCGGCACAGCUCGCCUGCGGCAAAGUCAGCGGCAAGCACCUCUUGAUCGGGACAAACGCAGACGAGGGCGUCCCCCUAACGAACCCCAACAUCACCACCAAAUCCUCCUUCGACGCCUUCAUCUCCUCCACCCUCCCCCACCUGACAAGGUCUGACAUUUCCGCCCUCAACCGCAUCUACGACACGGCCGCCGCCCAGCCCGGCGACAACGGCACCCGCUUCGACACCCUCGGCGACGCCGGCCCAAACGCCAACUUCGUCUCGGGCAUGGCCACGGGCAUCCAGCAGACGGCCUUCAACCUCGCCGCCGAAUCCACCUUCCACUGCCCCUCGCAAUGGCUCGCCGAGACCUUCAGCGAACCCGGCUCCGGCCGCCGCGCAUGGAAGUACCAGUACUCGCUCGACCCGGCCUAUCACGGUGCAGAUCUCGGCGCAUACUUUGACCUCGCGUCGUCAAACCCCGGCCGCGGGUUCCAGCACAGCUUUCGCCGUAUCUGGGGAAGCUUUAUAUCGCGACAGAACCCAUUCAUUUCCGUGAGCGAUGCCAAAGCCGGCGCGGCGAAUGCCACGGUGCCCGUUGACGACGAUGACGAGAGUAGUCGCUCGGGGAAUGUUAUUGCGUGGCCGGCGUUUAGCGCGCGGAACCAGACGUUUCUGAACCUCAACACUACGGGCGGGGAGGUCGAGCUGGUGACUGUGACGGAGGAGCUGAGCUACUACGUGCGCGGCGGGGAGGGCGUCGUGAAUUCGUUUCGGCUGGCGGAUGGGAGGACGUGGGAGGGGGGGAGGGGGGAGAGGUGUGACUUUUGGAGGGCUGUUGCGCCGAGGGUUCCUUUUUAGGGGGUCCAGGCGGUGCAUAUGCGUUGGUGAUUCUGUUUCUUACUGGGAUAGAUGAGUUGAGGAUAGACAAGGCCUAGAUUUAGGAGGCAUGAUGAGUCUUUACACGUUGAGGGAUCAACCAGUCCAGGGCCCGUGUAAGUGAGCAAUCAAUUAGCGGCAGUGCAAAGCAGCCUAGGUACC